AUGCACUGGUCAAUGAACACACUGCCGCUGCCUCCGUAUGUUGAGCUCGGCGUCCAUUCACUGAGCAGCCUCCUGUGGCCUGUCCUGCUCUUGUUUCUGUGGCACUGCUACCGGAUGGGUUCCGAUCUGCCGAUCCCGGGCCAUACGCAUGCUGGAAAGCUCAAGUCAAGUUCCAGACGCUCCAUGUUGUCCCGUAGUGGGAGCUGCAUUGGAACAAAGUGCAGUGCACGAUCCAAGCUGUCGAGGAGCGAUCAGAUUACUCCCUUUAUUUCCAUGGAAACAGUGGAGGAUGAGGAGCAGGGACGGAGCUACCUCACCCCAGUGCUGAGUCAUGCCUUGUUCCCUGCCCAGGCAUCUGCAGAAGCCAAGAAGCUGUACACAGCACUGCAGGAAUAUGCCAAACGCUACAGUUGGGUGGGCAUGGGACGCAUUCAUAAGGGCCUCCGAGAGCAGGUCAGACUGAAUGAUCUCUCUGCUAUACAGAAGCCUCAUCUCUUCUUCCUGCCAGAUGUCCCAAGUGUUCCUUUCUUCCCACGCGAUGCGCAUCGACAUGACAUUGAGGUCUUGGAAGCAAACUAUCCUGCAAUUUUGGCUGAAUUCAAGGGUGUUUACCAGCGUGGCAUCGACUCGAAAUCAGGCUGGACCAGUUUAGGACCAAAGGGGCAGGCAGUGUUUUCUUUGUACAGUGCAGGAGUCUGUGUGGCAGGAAACUGUCGCUCGUGUCCCUGCACGUACCGGACGCUUCUUUCUCUACGUACGUUUAUAAGCAGCAACUCAUUGGGAUCUGCUGGAUUUUGGCUGUUGGGACCCGGAGCGACGCUGGGGAGCUCGUACGGACCCACCAACACUCGCCUCCGGUGUCAUCUUGGUCUGCAGACUCCACCGCUGUGUGAGCUGGUGGUGGGAGGAGAGCCUCAGUGCUGGUCAGAGGGUCACUGCCUCCUGGUCGAUGACUCCUUCCUUCAUACCGUCUCUCACAAGGGUCAGUGA